AAACCAAUCUUCUACCCGAUUGCCGGAUCCCGCCACGCGCACACCUCAGAAUCAGCGCGCCAAACUGUGAUAUCCAUCUUUCCAAAACCAGAGCCCCUAAUAUAGAAGAUCAACAAAGAUUUGAACUAAAUAGAAUCAAUCAAAUUUAGAUAAACAUUAAAUCCCACUUCAUAUCCAGAAAAUCUUUCGUUUAACCGCUCCUGAUUUUCUCCAAUUACUCUUUAAAUUCUCUCUGCUCUCUCUGUCUUUUCAAGCUGCCCCUCUGUUCUUGCUAUCUCGUCAUCUUUGAUUUGAUAUCCGGAAGGAAAAAAAAAUGGUGAGCUCCGAUCAAACCAUUCUGGUGACCGGCGGUGCUGGCUUUAUCGGCACUCACACCGUCGUUCAGCUCCUCAAAAGUGGAUUCAAGGUUUCGAUCAUCGAUAAUUUGGACAAUUCCGUCAUAGAAGCCGUGGAUCGAGUUCGGGAAGUUGUAGGGCCUCAACUUUCUAAAAGACUGGAAUUUACCAAGGGUGAUCUCAGAAAGAAGGACGACUUGGAGAAUCUGUUCUCUAAAACCAAAUUUGACGCUGUGAUUCACUUCGCGGGUCUAAAAGCUGUUGGUGAAAGCGUUGCUAACCCCCGCCGGUAUUUUGAUUUUAAUUUAAUUGGCACCAUCAAUCUCUAUGAAGUUAUGGCAAAAUAUAACUGCAAAAAGAUGGUCUUUUCAUCAUCUGCAACGGUUUAUGGCCAACCUGAAAAUAUACCAUGUGUUGAGGAUUUCAGUUUACAAGCAAUGAAUCCUUAUGGACGGACUAAGCUUUUUCUUGAAGAAAUUGCUCGAGAUAUUCAAAAGGCUGAACCAGAAUGGAGGAUUAUUUUGCUCAGAUAUUUCAAUCCUGUAGGGGCACAUGAAAGUGGUAAACUUGGUGAAGAUCCUAGAGGCAUACCAAAUAAUCUCAUGCCUUACAUUCAGCAAGUAGCUGUGGGGAGAUUACCUGAACUUAAUGUUUAUGGCCAUGAUUAUCCCACAAAGGAUGGAUCAGCGGUUCGAGAUUACAUCCAUGUAAUGGAUUUGGCAGAUGGUCACAUUGCUGCUUUACGAAAGCUUCUCAUUACUGAGGACAUUGGUUGUACUGCUUAUAACUUGGGAACUGGUCAAGGCACGUCAGUACUGGAAAUGGUUGCUGCUUUCGAAAAAGCUUCUGGCAAGAACAUUCCAGUGAAAUUGUGUCCAAGGAGGCCUGGAGACGCUACUGCGGUUUAUGCAUCCACAGAGAAGGCUGAGAAAGAACUUGGCUGGAAGGCCAAGUAUGGUGUAGAGGAGAUGUGCAGGGAUCAAUGGAACUGGGCCAAAAACAAUCCAUGGGGCUACCAGGGAAAGGCUUGAUUGAAUUAAUAAGUUUUAGAAAUAAAUUAUAGUCCUCAAUUUUAAGGACUUUCACGACAAAUAUUUCUUGGAGUUUAGAAAAGUUCUCUAAACUCCUUGGAAGCCCUGCCCUGUUUUUACAGCCUACAUUCAUUAUGUACUUGUGUUUUCUUUUUCGUUUUUCUUUUGGGGUUAGUGGUUUAAAGUUCUUAAUGUUAAUUCAUACUGUCUAAUGAUUUGGAGUUGGAUUGAGACAUGAUUAAAACGAUUGCUUGCUCUGGAUGAGGUUAUCAAGUCACUCCUCAAUGUGAUAGUGAAAUUAUCAUUACCCUUCUAUCUAAGAGGAAAAUAUUUGUUUUAAUUGGUAAAA